GUCACGUCCCAACGUCACAACACCGUCCUGACUUUCGUUUUCCUUUCAGCAGCAUCGGGACUAAAUGUUGUUUCGGUUAUAAAUCAACAUACAGACUAAGUCAUGGCCGGCCUGGAGGUGUUGUACACCUGCGUCUCCUCCGGCAUCAGCUGCCCGCAGGACGCCGUCGUCUGCUUCAUCCACUGGGAGAUGAUACAGAGCGGAUACCGGUGCAUCGGCUCCGGGGACGAGCCCCGCAGCAGUGAUAAGAAGUCGGAGCUGCUGCCGUCUGACUGGAGCAGCAACAAGGAGCUCUACAGUCUGAGAUAUAAAGCCAAAGACGGAGACGUCCAGCUGCUGCUCAAAGCCAUCGCUGUGGACUCCACGCUGAUCUUCAACCUGAUGAACUCCAGCACGCAGCAGGUGUCGGACUUGACGGUGAACAUCAGCGAUCACGUGGACGCCGACCAGCUGCGAACAUUUGACAGCGUUUACAAGGACUCGGACGGUCUGUCGGAGAAGGUGAAGACUCAGCUGCUUCCUCCUCAGGACAGACCGAAGACGCAGAGGACGGAGACGAGGACUCGGAGGGAGCAGGAGGAAGAGGAGGAGCAGCGGAGGAGGAGAGACAGAGAGGACAGCGACCCGCUCCGCAUCCCCAACAGACAUCCUCGCCAGCCGUG